CGUUGAGUCUUUUAUUUUAAAAGCUGUUCGUCUGUCCUCCAUCAGUGAGUGUGUCUUACUGCCGCUGGCUUCACUCGCCACUGUUCGCCUGCUUAUUUUUACGUCGUCGAGGCUGGCGGUGAAAUCCAGGUCAUCUCCGCCGGAUCGCCAGCCAACACGGCUCAGGCUUCUGCUCUCCGCGGACUCAGAGUGCCAUUUCCUGAUUCCACUCUGCAGAGUGAGCUUGCGGUCUGAAGGAUGAGGUGGGGCGCAUUGAUUAGCACACUGCUACGCUGAGAAGAGUUUAUCCACCCAGGACGAGCGGCAGCAACUACACAUUCCCUUCCUGAAUCAGCUAUCAAACACCUUCUCUGAAUCAAGUACCUGUCUGGAUCUUUCCUCGCUCGCUCACACACAGCUAUGGCUGGCUGGCUCUGGCUGGGAGGGUAAUCAGUGCUCUGGUUGCCCUGGCAACCCCGCCCUGAUUCCUGCUGAAUAGAGCCCUAGUCUGUCACUAAAUACUUUUUAGCCCCUCCUCCACCUUUCUUCUUAGUUUAUUUGCCCUUUCGUGAAGGUAGAGGGCAGCGGCUGGAGCAGGAGCCAUGGACUUAUGAGGUGAGAAUGGCAGCACGGUGGCUGUUUGGCCCCCAGGAGCCCUCAGGCAAUUGGAGCCAAUAACGUGGGUGCACACACAAACAUACGGGCCAAGCGGCAGGAGCAGUAUGCAGGAGGCUGACCUACCGGCCACCAAUGCUUUUACAGAGUGCAGAUUCCUGUGCACUAACGGCAGAUGUCUGAACCUGGGCUCGCAGGUCUGUGAUCAACUCAACCACUGUGGAGACAACAGUGAUGAGGAGCACUGUCCCAUCUCCACCCAGCAUCCUGCAUCUGCCAUCUUCAGCUCUGAGCUGGAGUUUGUGCAGAUCGUGAUCAUAAUCGUCGUGAUGACUGUGAUGGUCGUGGUGGUCGUGUGCCUGCUCAACCACUACAAACUCACCACAUGGUCGUUCCUGAGCCGCGCUAGUCAGGCACAGAGUCAGGAUCUCUCUCUGCAGCCGGUGGUGUAUGCUCCUCAGCCAAGGGACCGCUUCACCGCACCCACUUUCAUGCAGCACAACCGCUUCAGACGUUUCCAGCCUACAUACCCAUACCUGCAGCAUGAGAUCGAUCUGCCGCCCACCAUCUCACUGUCAGAUGGAGAGGAGCCACCACCGUACCAGGGUCCCUGCACACUGCAGCUAAGAGACCCCGAACAGCAGCUCGAGCUCAACCGAGAGUCGGUACGCGCCCCCCCUAACCGGACCAUCUUCGACAGCGACCUCAUUGACAUGCACAGUUCAGGGGGUGGAGGUGGGCCGCGGCCUCCCAGUAGCAACUCUGGGAUCAGCGCGGCCAGCUCCAGUACCCAUGGACGCAUGGAGGGCCCUCCGCCCGCUUACAGUCAAGUAAUUGGGCAGCAGUCGGGCAUCGUACUUUACCUCCACCAGCACAGCAAUAACCCGCCCAUCCCCGUCACUGUGCAGACUCCGCCCAUGGGCCGGACAGAUUUAAACAGCCCAGAGAGCACAAUAGCUCUGAGCAAAGGCCAACAAAGGGAGGAGCUAGUGUGAGGGGGUGGGGCUAGCACACGUUUGGGCAAUUGCGAUCACUCUCCACCCAUAAAGGGAAUGGGUUCUCCCUCUUGACACUCCCGUGCACAACAGCGCUUAAUGUUUUCGCGACGACAGUGAAAUCAUGUGUUUGUUUUUUUUUAAAUAACAAUAUGGAGCUGAGCUUACGAAAGAAAACAUUGCAUUUGUUUUCUCAGACCAGCUGCGCUAAAACUGGGGUUUAUGCACUGCCCGGAGUCUCCCACAUUUAUUGCUCUGUAAUACUUCUGUAUAGCCGACAAAUUUAGAGAAAUUUAUUCGCGCACAAGACAGGCUUUUUGUUGUUGUUGUUCUUGUUGAUUUUAUUGUUGUGUUCCUCUUGAAUGCCCCCCCUCCACACGUGAUAUAAUAGCUGUGUGGAUAGAAUUUUUUUUUUUCUUUUUUAAUUCAAAGACCGAGAUCUGUGCAGCAUGAACAAAACAAAUGCAUAAAAGGGUGGAAAUCCAAAUCCUAGUGCCAAGGUUUAUGAGGAAGGUGUCAUGGGGCGUUGACUGUCUUAAAGACUUGUUAUACAUUUAAAUCAAAACCCUUUUCUGAACUUUGCACUAUUGUUGAGGUUAAUCAGAGAAAUCUGGGAAUGGGGUAGUGGGGAAGUCGUUUUCGUGUAGCUCUGAUCAUAUGCUUCAGUGCAAGCUUUCUACCGGAGGGAAGUGAUCUUGUCAGUCUUCAGCACAAGAAAAAUCUCUGAUCCAGCCUAAAAUAACCAUGAUCUAAAAGAGGCACAGAAUACAGAGAGUCUGCUCUACUCUCAUCUAUCCUCACCACUGACACUUUCAGCCGCUUUCACAGACUCCAGCUGAUCUGUGGUCAGUUUGCUGGUGGCACGGUUGACAUUUUGCCUAAAAAAUCCUCACUUCACUAAGAGAUCUGAACAUGUUAUGAGAUAUGCUUUUUCUAAGGAGUUCCUUAUUCUGAUCAUCUCUCUUUUUAUUAUUAUUUUUAAUAUUAUAUAUUGAUUUUAAAAUGUGUAUAUAA